AUGAGUUGUCUUGGGUGCUUCGAUUCCACCAAGCUGCUGGGCAACGGCGCGCAGCUGCUGGAGACAGGGAGCCAGCAGGCCUCCUCGGUGCUGCUGGUCCUGCAGCAGAACCCGUUGCUCCAGGAUGUUUGCGCAACAGUCGUUGCCGCGGCCGGUGCCAUUGCUCUCGUGAAGAUCUUCAGGGCGCUCUCAUCCAGGGGCAUUGUGGACCAGAAGUUGAGCCGGAAGCUGGUGCACAUCCUGGCUGGCCCAGGCUUUGCGCUGUGUUGGCCGCUCUUCAGUGCAGAUCCUAACGCCCGGUUCUUUGCCGCCAUUGUGCCCUGCCUCAACCUGCUGAGGGUGCUUGCAUUGGGGACGGGGGUCAUAGACGACCCAAAGACUGUCAACGCCAUGAGCAGGGAGGGCGACAAGUCUGAGCUCCUGCGUGGGCCGCUGUACUAUGUGGUGGUGCUGCUGGGGGCCACCCUGGUCUACUGGAGGGAGUCUCCUGUGGGAGUGGUGGUCUUCUCGCUCAUGUGCGGCGGUGACGGCCUGGCGGAUAUAGUGGGCCGUCGACUGGGCGGCCGCCACAAGCUGCCCUGGAAUAGCUCCAAGUCCUGGGCUGGCAGCGGUGCCAUGUUCCUCGGCGGCUCCAGCAUGGCGAUUGCCUUCAUAGCGUUCUUCUGCAGCAUGGGCUAUUUCGAGUGCGACAUUGCGGCCAUGGCACUGGGCGUAGCCGCCAUAGCCGCCGUGGCAACGCUGAUAGAGUCGCUGCCGAUAAACCAGAAAAUCGAUGACAACAUCUCAGUCCCCGGUACUGUCGCUCUUCUGGGGUUCCUGCUUCGGAGUGCGCUGCUGGCUGCCUGAGAAGCUGAGAAGACAAAAGAGCUUUUCUGGUGGGGAAGAUCUGCUUCUCUGGGUGGAAGAUGGAUGGUGUCUGCUGUCAGACGCUUGUGUACACAUGAGAAAGCCGGGCUAUAGAGAUGGAGCUUGGUGCAUGCGGGAAUUGGUGCCCCUCAGGGUUGAAGAAGCAGCACAGAGAAUGAGUCUGCUCCAACUGGCACUCCCGCCAAGAAAGGCAAGAAAUGUAGUGGUGAGGAGAUGCUUUGGAACUUCUGUAGGUUGAGUGACAUUUGCAGCUGCGCUAAGGAAUUUGGAUAGACUCAAGCCUUUACAUCAGAGCUGAACCAGAAUGUCUGCAGACACUUGAAAUCGGCCCUUCUCUUCUAAAAGGGCAAGCACUCUUGAGUGCAUGUCUUUCUUGGGCACCAUAUGGUGGCAGCGCAUGUGGCAUGCAUUCUAGUAUGCUGCCAGUUUUGACUUGGCUCUGCUCCCAAAUUGAUAGCCUUAUGGCUGCUAUCUUGUGUACAGAAAUGACACGCCAUCUCUUUGGCUUGUCUGUGAAUACUGGUGUACCAUGAACAGUUGUGCAGAUGGGAAUGUUUAAUAUGUGGAACUACCUUGCUUUGCAUGGAAAUGAAAGCCAUCCUGGCAUGGCUUGCGCAUGUACAUCAGUGUGCGUGCAGCUGAUCAGUGCACAAGUAAUGAUAUAAUGCACCGUC